UAGUACACUAUCUAGCUACAAUAUCAGUGAAGUGAGGAUGAUGAAGAUGAUUCGCGCUCAGAUGAUGUGGGUUUGAACCGUUAUCUUCCGCCGGUGGUUCGGGUGGGCAGAUCGGUGAGUCAGUGCGCGGCUGACGGACUCUGAAGCGCCGCUGCCCGUGACCGGAGAACGGAUCUCUGUGAGAUGGACGUGAGGACACGAUCUCAACACGGCGAGAAAAACACGAAAACACGAGAAACCGUCUCGGACGCAGCGCAGAACCGGCCACAUCUUCCUCUGUCGCAUUUCUUCCUCCGCAUCCGCGACUGGCUUUCGUAGCAUCGGCGGUUUUUUACAGAUAUUCCGGGAUAUUCGUCUUUAAAGACUGAGCGGUGUGUGAUUAGUUCACACGGGGAUCGACAGACUGCGUUGACAUUAUUCCACGUUUACUUUUAACGAAGAAAAAGAAGAAAAUAUGAGUUGUUGUUCCAGUUUACAUGCAACCAAACGGAUCUCAGUAUGAAAGCAGCAGCAGUCAAUGGACCGUCCUGUCACUCACGCUCUCUCAAUCCCUUUAGCAGCGGAUGAGCCGAGAGUCACAUGACCUUUAGCGCUCUCUCGUCACAGCUCGUAUAGCGCUGAGUGCGAGGGGAGUGGAGGUCAUGUAUGCGGAUGACUUCAGCGAGCAGAGCAUCUGUCAGGCCCGCGCGUCCGUCAUGGUCUACGACGACACCAGCAAAAAAUGGGUGCCGAUCAAACCGGGUCAGCAGGGCUUCAGUCGAAUCAACAUCUACCACAACACGACCAACAACACCUUCCGCGUGGUGGGCGUCAAACUGCAGGACCAGCAGGUGGUCAUCAACUAUUCCAUAGUGAAGGGCCUGAAGUACAACCAGGCCACGCCCACCUUCCACCAGUGGCGUGACGCGCGGCAGGUGUACGGACUCAACUUCGCCAGUAAGGAGGAGGCCACCACCUUCUCCAACGCCAUGCUGUUCGCCCUCAACGUGCUCAGCAGCCAAGAUGGAGGUCCAGCUGUUCAGCGGCAGCUCCAGAACGGACCGAGCACAGAAGAACUGGAGGUGCAGAGACGGCAGAUGGAGAUGCAGCAGCAGCAGAUGCAGGCGCACAUUGAGCGGGAGAGACGAUCGUCCAACUCAGGUUCUCCGUUUCAGGGUCACCCCGCGGUGCUGUCCGUAGCUCCUCCCACUGUCGCGCCUCCUCCUCUGUUGAUGGGCGGCCCGUGUCCUCCUCCUCCUCCCCCGCCCGGCCCUCCGCCCCCCUCCGCCGGAGCUCCGCCUCCUCCCCCGCCCCCUUUACCCGUGGGUGGAUACGGGGGCCCCGGGGCCUCGCAGGACGACGGUCAGGGCCCCACCGGCCUCGCCGCCAUGAUCGCCGGAGCCAAACUGCGGCGCGUGCAAAGGCCCGAGGAAAACUCUGCUUCCGGUGCCAAAAACGAAGCCAACCGGACGAGUGGAGGAAGCGGAGGACUGAUGGAGGAAAUGAACGCGCUGCUCGCGCGGAGGCGGAAAGCAGCAGAUGAGAAGAGAGAUGGAGAAAGCCAAAACGAUGAUCCGAACUCCCGUGGGCAGAACGCCGCAGACGGAGUGAAGAAGCCGUGGGACCGAGCGAACUCAGCAGAGAGAUCAUCGCUGGUGUCCAGGGUUCGACCCGUGGGAAGCAUCGGUGACGCAGACGCCUUAGACUUCGACAGAAUGAAGCAGGAGAUCCUGGAAGAAGUCGUUCGUGAAUUGCACAAGGUGAAGGAUGAGAUCAUUGAUGCCAUUAGACACGAACUCAGUAGAAUCAGCACGACAUAAUGUCCAUGUUUCCGAGAGCCAAACCCGGGCAGAAGCUGCUGUAGCCGACGAGGGACGCCGCCGGACGUUACAGCCGUAUUAAAGCCCUCAGACUCCGGCUCUAACACGUCUGGAACGCCGCAGGAUCCCGAGCUUUGAACGGAGGACUCUUGCACUGACCUGCUGUUUCUGGUAGAAGUGGAUCUUUUCAAAGUCUUUUGCAGAAACUGAAGAAAAUAGAAGAAACAUCACAAAUGUGUUUUUAUGAGGUGUUCUUUUCAUUUUGUCUGCAUCAUUAUUGUUAUUAUUAUUAUUUUUAUUAUUAUAGUUGUAGUAGUAUUAGUGUUUUCAUGUAGGUAGACGUAGGAAUGAAUAAAAAUGAUAAUAAUAAUAAUAAUUGCACAUCACUUUUAUAUUUUUAUUGCUGUUAAUCUUCCUUUCAUCAUUUCUCGUUACCUCUCAGAGCAUUUUUUAAGAGUUUUUUUUUUAUCCUUUUUUGCCAUAAAAACAUGUAUUUAAUCACCGAACGAGAGGUUUUGUGAAGGAUCUCAACGAUUAUUUCCGUCUAAUGAACAAACACCGGAGUAUUUGUGAUCAUGUUGUUAAUAAAAUGUUUAUUGGCUGCAAGGAUAUGGUGAAGUAUUGUUCUGUUUUAUGAUUUCUCUUUUUGACCAAGUGCUUCCUGGUUUGAGAAAAAAAAAAAAGAGUAAAUAAAUAAAAGAUAUACAUGACAUUUAAAAAGAAGUGAAAUAAAACUGUGAAGGAUGUGUUGGAUGAACGAGAA